AUGUCAAUUCGCUCCCUUUACACAUCAUCCCGUGCACCUCACAAUUCCCACCACCCACCCCCAGUGACCUCAUCCGCAUCCACGGGCGCGCAUCGCGUCUGGCACCCCCAGACAUCCAUAUCGCGACAGUACCUAACUGCGGCCCACGGCAUCUUCCGCCCGGGCCACCUGAACCCGACCAAACCGGGCCCCCUCCAUCUGCUCCAAAAUCCUCGGGGGCCUACCCCUGUCCUCGAAGAAAGGUCCCGUACCUUACGCAGUAAAGCCUGGGGUUGGGGGGCGCCACCAUUGCUGCACAUCUCCUUCCGUCAGUGGGCUGAACUCCAUUUCGCGUUCCCGCACCAGGACCAAAAAAAAAGCUCUCCCUCGCUCACCCCGAUCCAGUCGCUUGGGAGCUCCGGCCAGCUGGACACCUCACCCUCGUCCGUGACGACCCCAUUACGAACAACCCUGGCCAGUUUCCCUUUCAUCUUUGAGAAGCAAACGCACAACACGAACCUUGACAUCUCUCUCGUCUACCAGCUUGUAGCUGAACCUACCAUUGCAAGCUACCAAUCACACCACCAUCUGCAGCAGCUCCUGCAGGUCUCUUCAAAAUGCGGAUACGUUUGCCCUUUGCAGGUACGUCAAGAGUCUCGACCACGGUCAACCAUGGUUCUGGAUCUUCAUCGAUUCCUUGCAGAGCCGAGUGGACAAUUUAGCUCCAUCUCUCAGCUUCAGCUUCUGCCUAAGCCCCAGCCCAAGCUCAAGCUCAACUUCAUCUCCUUUCGAGCUCAAACUUCGGCUCAAGCUCGCAAAUGCAAGUACGCAGAACCCAAGCUAACACUCCCCUCCUCCUCCUCAGGCGUCUUCUUCGCCCUCCUCCUCGUCGCGGGCUACGCAGGCCUAACAACCCUCCAACUCGGCCAAUACGUAAACGACAAGGUCCUCCACUUCACAACCUUCUUCCUCCUUACCAUCGUCUUCUACUGGAUCCUCGACACCAACCGCCGCCGCACCCUCAACCUCACCCUCACCGUCUGCACCUUCAUCCUCGGCGUCGGCUCCGAGUUCCUCCAGGGCUUCCUCCCCAACGGCCGCGAGUUCGACUUCUACGACAUCGUCGCCAACGUCGUCGGCUCGCUCGCGGGCAUCGGCCUGUGCUCGUGGUACCACAAGCGCAUGCUCGAGCGCAAGCGUCGCACCAAGACAUACCAGGCUGUCCCCGGGGAGGACGAGGAGGAUGUAGAGCUUGGGGAGGGACAUGAGACUGGUGUUGUUGAGGCUAGUGGUGCGAGGGAUGGGGGCGCUGGUGUUGGUGCUGGUGCUAGCAGUGGAGGCAGGUCGCUUGAGGAGGAAGUGGACAAUUGGGAUGAGAACCAGGUGGAUGACUGGGAAGAGGAAGAUGGCGAUGGUGAUAUCGGCGGAGUCAAGAGCAAGGAUAUGGAUACGGGAGAUAUUGGCGAUUCCAAGAAGCGGGCUGAUUAA